AUGAGCAUCUCCAAUCGUGAUCGUACUCUAGAAAAAUGGGGUGGACAUCAGGAUGUUUAUUUACUAUCGACUUAUGAAUACAUCCAGCUGUCCAGCUACCCUCUGCCUCUCAUCGAGGACUUAUUGGUCGGUUUCGAGGAAGCACUCUGGUUCGUGAGCCUACGUAAGACCAGUGGUUUCUGGGCAAUCAAGAUGACUGAGAGGGCCAAGUUGAUUUCUGCUUUUGUAUGUCCGUUUGGACACUUCCAGUGGAUUCGAAUGACGUUUCGCCUGAAAAAUGCACCUCUGAUUUACCAGCAAGUAAUUAACAAUUGCCUGUGGGGAUUCGUGCGUCUGCCGCCAGAAGAGGAGGCCAAAGUGGACCAGGAAGUUUUGGACUAUCUGAAUUUGGACCCCCAGGAUGGUGGACCUCCGGGAUGUGGCACUCCAGGAUGUAGUGGUUGUGAAGAUGAUCGUACCCCUCGACUAUUGCCGAUCCUGGCGGACCAAAUGACUGUGUUCAAAAGGGAUAUCCCUACUCCGACGCAGAUGUCGCCUGUCCUGGGACGCAGCUCGUAUAUUGACGAUAUCGCGCACGAUGCGUCGACUUGGGACGCAUUGUGUUCUGACUUAGACGCCAUGCUGUACAGACCGCGGGAAACACCGCAGAUCGCUAAGGGCGUUCAGAAUUUACCGUUCCCAACGACAAUAAAGGGAGUACACUUCUUCUUGGGCAGCCUGAAUUACUAUCAAAACUUCAUCGAGGACCACCCCAUCGCUAAGGGCGUUCAGAAUUUACCGUUCCCAACGACAAUAAAGGGGGUACACUUCUUCUUGGGCAGCCUGAAUUACUACCAAAACUUCAUCGAGGACCACCCCGUGAUCGCAGCCUCCAUGGCAAAACAAGCGUUUGAAAUCCUGAAUGAUAAGAUCGUGUCGACCCCGGUAUUGCUACAUCCUGACAGGACCAAAUCUCCUGGGCAGGAACAUGAUGGUUUGAUCCAGCCAGUACGAUUCACGGGACGUGUUCUCCACGAUGCAGAAUUAAUAUAUCAUGUCGCGGAAAAGGAGGCCAUCGCCGUGUUAAGAACACUCAGUACUGAAGUGGAUAAUGAAUUCCAAGACCGCAAGCGGGUGGUGUGUACCCUGGGGCGUUUUGCUUUCGCAAUGGAUCUGGGCAUCAGGAAAAUCCAAUGA